AUGCGGACGAAGCUAUGUACGUUACUGUUCACAAGAAGCUACAGAAGAAGCUCAAUUGGGCCAAAAUUCAAAGAUUUGGCUGAAAUUAAACAAUAUGUUGCAACGCCGCAGUGGUCGAUCAAUGAAUUCAUGGAACAGGACACAAAUGUGCAAGAAUUGCCCUCUGUUGAAAUGGUAGAACGGCUCCUGAAGCUUUCCGGGCUACCUCUACAGGAUGCGGAGUCGUUACGCUCAAAACUUGGCCAUCAAUUAGUAUUUUUGGACAAACUGCUGACGCUGGACGUCAAGGAAGAUACGGAUCCCAAAAAUGCCAGAAUACUGCCGCGAUCCUUCAAACCGCUUGAAUUUGAAGACCUAGUUAAUGCGGCCGAAAAUCAGAUCCAGGAUGUAAGCCUUGGAGAGCGGAGCGGAUCUUGGGAGAGCGUCAAAUUGGCGAAUAAGAAACAAGACGGAUUUUUUGUGUUGCGGGAAAGUUUGUUGAAACGGAAAUAG